AUGCCGGGGGACGAGACUGUAAUGAGUAGUAAUCCACCGUUACACGUAAUUGCACUGACAUUUCUAAUAUAUCUAGAUAAUCCGAUAAAAAUGACACCUGUACCUAGAUAUUUCAUAGUAGAAUUGCUCAAUACCACAACGAAAUAUCUAGAUACUUCACAAGAUUUCUUACUUGGACAUAUGGGCUAUGCUAUCGGAAUAUUAAUUAUCGAUUUUAAUCCUUAUGUGAAUGGAACUGCAAGCUCGUCAUCAACCGAUUAUAGCGAUACAACUUGCAGUUGUAAUACAACAAGUGCGGACGACUUUUCAGCAAAUACACCAUCACAUUUACAGUGUAUUUUAGGACUGGCAGUUGUUCACGUAAUCUCAGCAUUUUUGUACUGGUGGUCAUGGCGAGAUCAUACAUGGUCAGAUGUCAUCAUGAUUCCUGAGUAUUUGAAUCAUAUUGAAGCUGGCUUGUAUUUAUGGAGUUCAAUAUGGUAUCCUCAAGAAUCAUCUUUAUAUGAUAAUUACACAUUGUCAGUACAUAAAAUAGAAAUAACGGCAGCAUUUGUCGAAUUAAUAGCUUCGUUUGGAUGGAUCAUGUCAUGGUAUCGCACGUACACUCGUACUCUCGGUCGUGGUUUUACGUUGGAUGAUCCGGAUACGGUAGCUUAUACAUGCACAACAAUUAGUUCGUUUGUUUAUAUCACUUACAACAUUCAGAUAAAUGUUUAUCCUGAUCAGUAUGGAACAAACUAUUUGUAUACAAAUGGUGACAUCCUUUAUUUUGUUGGUGCUUGCUACUAUAUAUUUGCCUGUUUACGUGACGACGGUUGGUUUUGGUUUAUGCCCUUCGCUGGUCAAUAUCGAAUUGCUAGCGGGAAAGUAAACAGUUCCAUCAGUGAGCAGAAACCAAUUCAGGCUGGACUAGACCCGCUACUCAUGACAGAUGUAUGUUGUCGUCGCCAGAAAAGAGUUGUCAAUCCAUCAAACGAAGAGACUGUUGCGAAUAAAACGACUGAGUGCGAUAUUUGUUCAAAUAGUACACUUAAAAAUGAAGAUACUUCUAUAAGCGUUACGUCACCAUAG